CAUGGCAGCAGGCAUGGGAGAAGGUGUCCACAGCGAACGUGAGAGCGGAAGAGCACAUUUGUCAAAACAUCUCAUGCAGAUGAAGUUCAUGCAAAGACGUCAAGAUAAUGAAAAUAAAGUAGAAUUUGAAGAGUCUCAACAAAGAAGAAUAGAUGAAACACAUUGGGUUAUCGAUGUUCCCGAGCUUACUGCUAAACAGAACAGAUACUCGUUAGAACCAAGCCAUAUUGCCUGUGAAUGUCUCAAAUUUGGUAGAAUGUCUUUUAAAGGUUUCAACCCAGCAAUAGAGAAAAUUAUGAAAACUUAUGAUACAGAACAGGAACUAGAAUUAGCCGAAGAAAGAGAAAAAGAAAUUGCAGUGUCCGAUGAUGAAAUGGCAAAAAGAUACGACUCGUUAAUUGGCACAGUGGGUAAGAAAUUUGUCAAGAAAAGACAUCGAUCAUCUGCCGAUAACGAGGUAGAAGCCAAGAAAAGUAAAUUGGGUUUUUUAAAGCCAUCCGACGACUAGGUUUGCACCAUAGAGUGUGAUUUACGGAAGACUGUCAACUUAUUGUCGAUAAAUCAUUUUUGUAAUGCAGCUAGACUCAAUCUCAAAGGUUUUAUUAAGGCAGACCAAGUCUAGGUUAUACAUGUAUAGGACAUGUUAGUCUGCAUAUCUUUAUCCUCAGUACCCUGCUUUUACACAUUUACAGUGGUAAUGACAGAAUCUUUCUGUAUAUGUAUGUCGUCAUAUGCACACACUGUUUUCCCUAAGAUGUGUUGAUGUCAACGCAGUACUCUAUCCAGUUAUUGAGGCUUCUCAUUUUUUGUUUCCAUAACAAUCUAAUCAAUUCCAUUAGGCGGUAAACAAAAACACCCAGGAGUGGUGCAGUGUCACUACCCUGGGGAGAACACAAGCAUUUAAUCAGAGUGCUUUGAUUUGUAUUUUUAGCGGGGAAUUUAUUUUCAGCAGAUUUUCUGUUCGUUUAAUUAACCAAGUAAAAAUCAAAUAAUGGAUGUGUUUUCUCCAGUACUAUACAGAGGGGGGAGGCAAGGGGGGGUAGCUGGUACGGUUUUACGGGAAAUAAAAAGGGCUUUUCACAAUUUAUGAAGA